GGCGGACUUGGUAUCAUUGUGUUGGCCCGGUGUAUGUGAUGCGCUAGUGUUUAGCCAUAAAGUUCUUGUCUAGUAUUGAUUGCGAUUGAUCGGUGCGGUCGCGCCAGUUAAUAACAGUACAGUGCUAAUUAUAUUAAUUUUAUUGUGGGUUUUUUAUACAAGAGCGGGAGUUUGUCUUCAAGAUGAAGCUCUCCCUCGUGUUUGAACUUCUCAUGAUCUUCGUGCUUCUGGCAUUCGCAGCGUCGAAGAAUAUCAGAAGACAAAAGAACAACAAGAAAGGACUACAGAACCGUCAAGACGACCUCAAGAUCGAGGACAACAGCAUCAACCGCUACUGCAAGUGCUCAGAGGCGCUCUGCAACUGCUGCCGGGACUUCUCCUUGCCGCUUGUCAACCUCGAUGGACCAGGAUGUGCGUCGUUAAGGCAUCUAAGUGGUGACAAAAUGUCGGUUUCACUAAGUUUUGGAAGAAAAGUGAUCACCAACAGGACUCUAUCUGGUCGCAAGCCCACUCCCGUAUGCAUGCCUUUGCCCGGCGGAAUCUCCAAGUUCUGUGGCCGCGUGUACAACAUCGCGCGGACCGGCGAGGACUUCCGCGCGUGUCUCGGCCUGGAGCUGCAGUCCAAGAGCACCGUCGAGGCCGCCGUCAGGGUCUCCUGCUUCAACUUCGGCCCCCGAGGAGUCACCUCCGAAGCCGCUGACCCCCUGCCUCUAGUACCGCAAGGAGAGAAAGGCGAUGAUGAUGAUGAUGACGACGAUGACGACGACGACGAUGAUGAUGACGACGACUUCGGCGGCCUCGUUGACGACGAUGAUGACAGUGACUUAGAAGCCGUUAACGACGUAGGCGGCGCUGACUAUUCAGGUUUCAGUCUACUUGGCGACGAUUUGCUCGGAGACCUGUUUAGUUCGGGAGGCAACAAGAAACCCAACAAGAACAAGAACAAAAAGAAACAAGCUCCUACUACAACUACUACCACUACUACUAGACGGCCGAGACCGAACAGACGACCAACCAGGAGACCAGCUUCGAGGACCACUACACCUAAACCUAUUGAAGUCAGUUCCACCACCGUGAGAGUAAGGCCUGCGAGACCAGUGCGUAGACCAACCAGGCGCCCCGGAAGGAGGACCACGACAACUGAAGCUCCAAUCAUUGUGACUAUUCCAUCAAGCCCCGCGCCAACUCCAGCCCCGAUUCCUGUCGCACCCAUGGUCACCCUAACUAACGUUGGUUCACAGAGUAGCACAGAACGCAUUCAGUUGAGCAGCCUCUCCAGUAAUGACAUCACGGAACCGGUGGUCCUCGUGACCCAGAAAGUAAUCCCUACUGUAGCAGCCACUACUUCUAAGCCUACUGUCACCAACUUUGAGGAUCCUGGUCUCCAAAUGUCACUAGCAUCUUUAGCCGGACAGUUGUCGUCUAUGCCUGUAACACCAAUAAUUCCCUCUAAGGAUAACAUCAUGACAACGGCGCAAGAGUCCAAGUACGAGAAAAUCCAAACGAUUACUCCUAAACCGAUGACUACAAUGUCGUUCUACAACACGAUGCCUAUGAAAGACUCAACGGAGGCGAGUGAUGACAUGAUCCAAAUUGUCCAGUCAGUGGAUGAUUUACAGUCUUCGGAGAGCUCGGCUAUGCCCAUGACGACAGCGGCUGAUGAAAGUAGGUCACACCGUUUCCGCGGGCCCGUUGUUGAAAGCAACCAUUAUGAAGGCCUUAGUUUGAAAAAGAAAAGACACGGCGAUGAUAUAGGAGACUACGACGUGCUAGGCUUAACUGAAAUGGGGGAGGCCAUCGGAGAGAAUUUGGGAGUAUUUGGUGGUGGUGGCAGGAGACAAAACAGGAAAGAAGUUGGUGGUAAAAAAGACAACAAAGAUUACGAAGAUAUGCUAACAGAUGGCCUAUCGGAUUUAAGUGAUACCAUUGGUUUGACUGGAAAAGGCAACAAGAACCGAAAUAAAAAACAUAGAGGAAGACAAAAUAAAAUGAUGCGAGGGGAAUGGUCUCAAGUAUGACCGUGAUGUAGGAUGUAGUAGGAUACUUCUAGUUUUAAGAGCUAUUUAUUCUAGUUUACUUAUUUAUUAAUUCUGUACAUAUUAUCUUGAGUUUAUUUAUCUUGACUUGACUGAAAAUACAAUAAAGACAAUUAUUUUAGA